AUGUACAGGGACAAGGAACAAGAAGGAACUGUGCAGAAAUCAAGGUCUAGGGGUGACUGCCCUCCAGGACGCAGCUGGCGAGUGUUGGCGCCCAGAUCCCGAAGCAAGACUCCAGGUUCAGGUACGAGGCAUGACGUCACUGCUGGUGCCGGGCGGCGAGCUUCAGACGUGGGCCGGGCCGGAAGCGGUACUGCAGGAGGCCCCGCCCCACCUCGCCUCGCCCCGCCCCGCGUGAGCCAGUUGAUGGGCCUUUCAGCCUCGGGAGCUGCGGGAGCUGCGAAAGCUGCGGCCGCCGCGGCGUUCGGGGAAUCGGCGCGGCAGAUGAGUAAUGAAAGAGGCUUUGAAAAUGUAGAACUGGGAGUCAUAGGAAAAAAGAAGAAAGUCCCAAGGAGAGUCAUCCACUUUGUUAGUGGAGAAACAAUGGAAGAAUACAGCACCGAUGAAGAUGAGGUCGAUAGCCUGGAGAAGAAAGACGUGUUGCCUACUAUUGAUCCGACAAAACUUACCUGGGGCCCCUACUUAUGGUUUUACAUGCUUCGUGCUGCCACAUCAACCCUGUCAGUGUGUGACUUUCUUGGAGAGAAGAUUGCAUCUGUUUUGGGGAUCAGCACCCCAAAAUACCAAUAUGCCAUUGAUGAAUAUUACCGGAUGAAGAAGGAGGAAGAAGAAGAGGAAGAAGAAAACAGGAUGUCUGAAGAAGCAGAGAGACAAUACCAACAAAAUAAGCUGCAGGCUGAUUCCAUCGUUCAGUCAGGUCAACCAGAAAUGCUGGUACCCAGUUCAUUUGUCAAUCUCAAUUUUGAAAUGGAGGGGGAAUGUGAAGUCAUUAUGGAAAGCAAACAAAAUCCAGUCUCUGUCCCUCCGUAGAAUGAAAUGGCUAUCAAAUUUCUAAGGUGGUUUUUAUACCAGGAACUUUCUCAUUCUCUAUUCAGUGGGACUUAAUACAGUUAUUUAUAUUUUAAAGUGUUAUCUGGAAAGGGAAAAAUGCUUCUUUAUUACUUAGGCUCUAUCUAGCAAAAGCCAGAUCUGAAAUUUGGAUAUCUGUACUAUGCUUUUACUGUAUCAAAUUAGUGCUUUGAUUUUAAAAUGAUCUUUAAAAAAAGGACAUUCUAGAGCCCUAACCACCAAUUAAGAGUUAAAUUAUCAGGCUUGUCUGUUAUUUGUGUUUGUAAGGAAAAAAAAUAGUAAAGUUGCCAACUUAGUCUAAUUGGAGUUGAUAUUCGUAGUCUCAGAUUAAAAUGAUUACCCUAGAUUUUCUCAUGUUAUGUCUUACGUUUAUGUAUCUAACCAUUCAUUUCAUUCUAAGGAUGAGUGUGUAAUAAAAGGAGCAAGAUAAAAAACAUUUUGAAUUUUCUUUCCUUGAGAAUAACUUUUUGGUAAGGUGAUUGAGUUUAUAACACCACCAGAUAUUAAGAUGGGUUUCCAUUUCUUAAUGGUUACUUAAUCUUACAUUCUUUCAGUAGUUACUCAAAUAAGUUUGAACAUUGUGUUCAACAUACUAAUUAUGGGAUGAGUUUAUUGAUAUAUUAAAGUGGUAAUACUGAGUGAUUACCCAUAUGGCAUCCUGGUUGUCACUCGUUCAGCCCUGAAUGCCUCCUAUGGGCCAAGUAGUAGUGGGGUGAGACUGGGGGACAGAUGAAGACUUAACCCUUCAGGGGCUCACUGUUGUACAAGGUGCAGUGGCAGCAUAAUGAAGUUACUGUCAUUCACCACUUCCAAGUUACAACAGUGGAUGGUUUACUUGACCCAGGUUGGUCACCUCUCUACCUGCUGCACUAUUAGAAGACCUUACAAAAGUAUUAUAUAGCACUAGUUUUGAAAAUAUUCUUGUGUGUGUUCAGAAUCUUACAUCUGUAUGAUUUGAUAUAUAACUAAAUGUGUGUAAGAAAAAAUGUGUGGAGUAUUUCAGAUAUGCUGCUCUCAAAAACCUAUUCACAAACUUUUAGAGAUGAAUGGUUGUUGAUAGCCUUCUAAACAGCAUUAAGCUUUCAAUCUUAAAUAUAUCUGUAUAAAAUAUGGCUUCAAAGAAAUUCACAACCUAGGUACAGUGGGCUUAUUGUGAAAGUCUGAUCACUGAACGUGAAUGUCUGACCAUAGUCUAAGUUCUUCAAGUGAAAUUUGAAGGAUUUAAGAAAGCUAAUUCUUCAUUAGGAAUCCUCAGUUACAUAGAUUUAUGGUGGUUCAUGGCAUGUGAUGGUAAUCUUUUUAGUCCUGGGUGUAAACUACAUAAUUUAGUGCUUUAAGGAUUAAUCUUCAGAUUAUGUAAUGUCACCAUAAAUUAGUUUACCAAUAGCUCUAAAGAAUGCUAACCUGAUGUCUUCCCUAUAAUUUGUUUUGAUCUACAUUUGAGAAGAUACUUAAAUAUUUAUUUGGUUAUCCUACGAAGGCAAGCAUGUCUAAAGGCAAGCUGAAUCUUCUCUCCCUAGAGACACUAGGUCUAAAAGAGCUUAGCAAGGACUUUUCUGAUUGUAGUAGAAGGAAGAUAAUGACUUACGGAGGUUUUACAUUUCUUAAAUUUUACUUUUUCUUCCUGUCCAACAGUGGCCAGUUUGUAAUAUUUAUAUAGUUAUUCACUGUGCCUUAAAUUUUUAUACUUUUUAUUUAUGCAAACUAUAAAAUUUCCCAUAAAUGCA